AUGUCUGCCAACUGCUGUCUGCGAUCCCUGCUGACAUUGCUGCAUGGACUGAUUGGUCUAGGGACAGGAUUCUUCUGUUUGUAUUCGCUCAUUGGCUGGAGUUUUGAUACAACUUGUCUGCCAAAAAUGAUAGAUGCAUCUGGAAACCUGCUAAUUUUUAAGAAUGGACUGCCGGUGAUUUGUGAUGGCUUGGUCUACGGAAUGGCUGUCGUCUGUGUUAUUAACUUUGCAAUGUGUCUAAUCAUUAACUGGUUGUGGCCUAAUGUCUGUGUUGCCUUCAUCAAUUUGCUGCUGACUGUGAUUUACAUCUCCUUUGCUGUUAUGGGAGGCACCACCAUUGCCAUCUAUUACAUCGUCUGGUGCGACACCUUGGAGAGAAGAUUUCCUGACUCACAUGGCUGUCAGGAUGCUGCAGAGAGGUAUGACUCAUACAACGCUACAGGAGAAAUGAGUUUGUACAAAACACGUAUGGAGGUCCAGAUGGUGAGCAUAUGGGCAGUGUUUCCAGUCAUCGGUUUCACUAUUAUCUCCUAUGCAUUGAUCAUGCGUAUCUUCGCUAAACCAGAUGCCAGAGAUGGGCGACUGAGAUACGUCAUCCUAGAUGAGGAGGCCACGCCUCUCCUGAAUCCUGACAAUACAGAGGUCAACGAGAACAUUUAUUCUAAUGACAAUAUAGCCAGUAGACGAUCAGUGUCCAACAAUCCUUUUGAUAAUUAA